CAGCCCUGGGCAUAGAGGUUAUAUAACAACCUUCAGUCUCCAGGAGGUUGGGGCUAAAUUAUCAGCCUAAUGACAAAGACGACCAGCAGACACAUCAGUACGCCAUCAAAGAAAAAGAUGUCCCAUAAGAUUUCACAAAUAUAAGUGACCGUGAUGUCUGCUGACCUAAAGAUUUCAAAUAAUCUACAAGAGCUCUGUCAGGCCACUUGUAAUGCCAAUCAAAUGUGCCGUGAAAAUGAGGACAACAACAACAACAUCAAUAAUACCAGUAUAGCAGGUGAGCCCUUGCUUCUCCCUAGUAUGGUGACUCAGAGCCAAGAACAAGAACACAGAAGUGAAAAGAGUUUCAAGACUCAAGGUAAAGAAGAUGAAACAAACGACCCCCGAGGAGAUCUGUGUAACACAGUAUUCUCUACUAAAAUCUCAAACAAUAAGAACCAGACAGAAAAGGCAACACUAAAGCAUGCUGUUUCAACUAAGAGUUCAGUGUUUGAAAAAUGGGCUGCUAUGGAUAAGGCGAAUCAGAGACCCCUUGCCAAGAGACAGCUUUCAGACAUCAGCCAAACUUCCACUUCCAGAGCUGUGAAGAAGACUUUGGUGAAAGAGAAAGAUCCGACUAGAGAGAAGGUGCCUAGUAUUGCUACUCAGCAGGACACGAAAAAUGAUCACAUGAUCUUGAACCAGCGUGGGUGUAGAAGAAAACUGCAGAAGGAACUGAUCUCCAACCUGGAGGAUUUCUACAGAGUGGACUCACAUGCAAUCGGUGCUAGCCAAGAGCUAAAGAGUAAGAAGAUCUUCUCAGUACAGACUAUUGCCAGAACCAUCACCAAGGGAACAUCUACUGAUUUAGAAAGACUUCGUGCAAUCUGGAUCUGGCUCUGUCAUAGCAUCGAGUAUGAUUUGAAUGGGUACCUGGGUCUGACUGAGAAAGCGUCUUCUCCUGAGCAGGUUAUUGAAACAGGUCGAGGAGUUUGCUGUGGAUUCUCCAGUGUCUGCUUACAGCUGUGCAAAGAGGUUGGCAUUGAGUGCAGAGAAGUGGGUGGACAUGGCAAAGGUGUUGGAUACAAAUUGGGUCAGAGCUACCAGAACACCAAGUCAAAUCAUAUGUGGAAUGCGGUACGUUUGGAGGAUCACUGGUAUCUGCUGGAUGCGUGCUGGGGAGCUGGAAGAGUGGAUAUGAACACCAAAGCUUUUAUAAAGAGAUACAAUGAAUUCUACUUCCUGACUGAUCCAGAAGAUUUCAUCAGUUCACACUGGCCUGAUGAAGAGGAGUGGCAGCUGCUGGACAUCCCCAUUAAGCUGGAGGAGUUUGAAAAGAGUGUGCUGAAAACCUCAGAGUUUUACAAGCUUGGGUUAACGCUCAUAUACCCAAAACAAUACUUACUCAUUACAGAGGAUGGUGAGGCUUUCAUAUCAAUGACUUUCUCUCAGCCUGUGGACUUCACAUACGAGAUUUCCCAGAAGCACAAUGGGGAACACAAGGAGCUGAGCACUUCUAUGGGUCUACUCACCGUCACACAGAACAGCAUGAAGCUCCAACUGAUGCCGGCAACUUCAGGAACAUUUGAGAUCAUGCUGUUUGCACGGCCAGGACAUACUUCUGAAAAGUACACCUGGGUGUGUUCCUUUCUACUGGAGUGCAGUGUGCCUAAGGCUUCAGAGUAUCGCCCUGAGAACCCGUACCUGUACUGGGGAAUGACACAAGAUGCUGAAGAUCUGGGAUUGAAACCAUGCAGUGGUAGUGAGGCUAUUUUAAUUAAAUCAGGGUCAUACGAACUAAUGUUGCACACUAGCAGGCCACUUAUGAUGCUGUGUGAAAUAAGUCAUAAGGAUUUGGAUGACACGCUGGCUAAAAGAUGUGUGGUCACUCAAAUUGAAGCAGAUAAACUUACCUGUAGUGUUCUUUGUCCAUACACUGGUUUUUACAGACUCUCUAUAUUUGUCAAGGACUACAAAAGUGAUUGGAACAGAUUCCAGAAUGUAGGGAACUUUCUUCUGCACUGCAUCGCCAACCCAAUCAACUUAAAUCAGCUUUUCCCUCCAGAUCUCAGCUACUUUUGUGGCCCUGGGAUCAGGUCUGAUGAAGCUGGCCUAUCAAAGUUCAGCCACACAGCACCAAUAGUGAACACACAGCAGGGAAAAUGUAACAUUACCUUCCAGAACCCACAAAAUCUGGACCUUCUUGCCAUUUUAAUACAUAGCAAAGAACAGUCUGGACACCCCCUUUCUCAGCAUGUCUUCUUCACCCACAAUGGCAGUAAGGUCACUCUCAGUGUGGUCCUGCCCAAGCCAGGAGUUUACAAGCUGAGUCUUUAUGGAAAGACUCCAUCCAGCCAGGAAUUUAAUCUUCUGUGUGAUUUCAUCCUUCAGAACAGCUCAGAGAGUACAUGGCCCCCAUUUCCAUACACCUACACAGCCUGGAGGAAGGGCAGUGUGCUGUUUGAGCCACGCUCGGGCCUGCUUGAACCUCUGUGCUGGGUUCAGUUCCGUGUCCGUGUUCCUGGGGCUCGCAGAGUCAUCGUGCUGGGUGAGCAACAAGUGGAUCUGCAGAUAAAUAAAAGUCACAUUUGGGAAGGAGAGGUGUUCACAGGGAAGAUGGAACAGAUCAAACUCGCAGCCAGUCAGGAGGAAACAUCUGAUCAGAUAGAGAUCCUGAUGUGCUUUGAUGUGUUAAAAACACAAAAUGAGAUGUAAAAAAAGGCCAGGAUAGGUGCAUUGUAAGGCACGUCCAGGGUCCAAGGUUCGAUCCUGAUGGAUUCAGAGUGUAUUUCCACCUUGCACCCAGAUUCCCAGGACAGUCUCUGAACAACUCUCAUCAGGAUGAUGUAAUUACAGAAAACUGCAUGCUGAAAAGUUCAAUUCAAUCUAGGAUUAAUUAAAAAAUAUACUGUAGUGAUCGUGACUGAUAAACAUUAAUUGUAAGAAUUUACAAAAAGCUCUGGCAGCUUUCAUGUUUGUUUUGAAUUUUUAUGAAACUUUUGUCAUAAUUUUCUUCAGGGUGCUCAAGAGAUUCUGUACAUUUCAAUGUGUAAAUGUGUUUUUCAGAAAUGGCACAAAAAAAAAAGCUUUCUACCUAUUAGAAAUCUGACUGUGUUAGGACACUAAAAGAAAUCAUGCAAAAUGUAGUGCUUAGGUACACUUGAGUCAGAAUGAAGCUUUUAAACCUAUUAAUUGUAAGAAAUUCCAAAUAAAGAGCAUGUUUAAAUUUCAAGCAUCAUCAUCAUGUUUUAAAUAAAGUGCUUUCCCUGUAAAAGUAUUUAUUCUGUAUAAUA